AUGAGAGGAGUCGCAGCUGUUUGCGGUGGGAACAAGAUUCAAGUGAUUAGGCUCGAUCCGAUUGAGGAAAAGUGUAACCUUCUCUACGAGAUCGUGGACAAAUCCAGCACAUUAACAGGAGGUCGGAUGGAAAUCUUCAAUUCAAUAUCAUGGUCCAUUGAUCCUGUCUCUCUCCAGCCCAUUCUGGCAGCUGGUGGCGUUAGGGGAGUUAUUAAAUUGUUUGAUGCACGUACGGCUACCGAAUUGGGUAUGUUUUAUGGACAUGGAGGAACAAUAUUUGCCUUGUCAUUCUCCCCCACCCAUCCUCACGUGCUUGCGUCCGCUUCGAUCGAUCAUACAAUCCGAAUCUGGAAUACCGCUUUGCCUCUGAAGCCUGCACACAUUAGGCCAGGUACCGAAUCACAAGCUUUGCUGUCAAAUUGGGACAAUCCACCUGGUCAGCUUGUGACGAUUUUGGCUGGGGCCGGCGGCCAUACUGCUCCUGUAUGCUCUGUUGCUUGGCAUCCAAUCCAUCCUCUUCUAGCAACGGGCGGAAUGGACAAUCACGUCAAGAUUUGGUACUUAUCACAGUUGCCCGGCUUUCCCAGAAAUUCGCCACUUCAAGAUGAUCGACUACCUGAAAGUCUCCAAACUGUCGACCAAAGCGAUCCCGUCAACUUGUCAUCAGCACCAAUCACAUCUCUACCCAUCUUCAAUAGCAAGCAUCUCCAUUCUCAUUGGGUUGAUCAAAUCAUGUGGGCUGGCCGGCUCACUCCCAUUCUCGUUAGCAAAUCCUCCAUUAUUGCUAAGGGUAGUCGCCACCCUCUCGCCGCAUACGCGUUUGAAGAAGAUCUUGAACCAGCAACAAGGGUCUGUAUCUGGCAACCUAGCAUUCUUGAAGAUGUGUUCCUAGGUAAAAGCGGUCCCACUAUGACCCAAGACGCUGAAGCCAAUAUCGGCGGAGUUGAUUUCGACAUGUACUCGUCUUUCAAGGUUCGCAAGCCAGGCUUAGAUCAGGAAGAAGAAAGUAUAGAAUGGGGGCUUGGGAUGUGUCUGACCCAGACUCAAGUCGAAGGCAGCAGCAAACUUGAUCUGGCUAUUCUAAUUGGGAACCAUCCUAAGGGAAUCGCUGAAUUCACACUCUCCUCGCUUGAAGACACCCCGAAAUUAUCUGGGCCAGCCAUCAAUCUUCAUUCUUCUUCAACUUCCCCAGGUCAGCAGAAUGGCGAAAAGCGUCAAAAUAUAUUCAGAGCGAUCGAUUCGACCCCAAUGUCAUUUGAAAAUAAAUAUACCUUUGCCCUCAGAGUCGGGCAGAAUGCGUCAAUAGAAUUAUGGAAGCGGGAAUUCUUACUGUCCAGUACAACUGUUUAAUUGUAGAACAACUUAGGAUCUUGUUUAAUUUGUAUACCCACAAUACGGAAUGUAUGCAUCGUCAUCUGUCUUUCGGAUAAUCAUCUUUCUUUGUGAUCGAUCGGAGAUCAGCCCAAUUAUUCGACGUCCUUUACAGCGUUAUCUCCACUCCACCCACUUCUCCGAUUGUGCUGUCGGCUCCAAUACAACAUUUGCUCAACUUAUCUUUCUCAACAAGAAACUCCACUCCUCUUUUCAGUCAACCGGUGCAACUUUGUAACUCCGAUCACAUUCCAUCUAUACCCACGUGGACAACCCAUCCGUACCCCAAUCAACAUUAAAUGUCACUCCGCCCGCCU